AUGCCGACCGCGCGUCGUCGUCCCGCCCGUCGCAGGGCGAGCGAGAGCGAGAGCGCGUCCGAGACGUCGGACGACGAUGGCACCGCGUCGAGGUCGACCGAGCUCGCGCGGACGAGCUCGCGCUCACCGCUUCGAUCGAGGGCGACGCGCGAGGAAAGACGCGAGAGAGGGUUCGUUGGACGCGUCGUCGGGGCGCUGACGCCGGCAAACUGGGGUUUCAGGCUCGGCGCGGCGCGGGAGGAAUCCUCGGAGAGCGACGACGAGAGCGCGGAAGAGAGCGAGAGCGACGAAGAGGAGGAGAGCGAGGGAGACGAGGAUUCAGACAGCGCGGGAACAAGCAAGAGCGACGCGUCGGCGGCGUCUACGUCGAGCGAAGGAGCGAGGGUGGAGGAGCAGGAGGCUCGGCGACGACGCAGCGCGAACGGGACAACCACCAAGGCAAGUGACGAGGACGAAAAUCCGAAGUGGAGAAGCGAUAACGUGGUUAAGGAACCGACACCGUGGAUUAGUCGAGACAAUUCGUACAGUGGUCCUUUCCGAGACAACGUUAAAUCGUUUCUAAACAGAUAUGCGGCGUGCGACGGGAAGUACACUGAGUUCGGGAUCAUGGGAUACACGGUCACGCUUUCGAAGGGCGAGCCCCACGAGACGACGCUUAGAAUAUAUGAAGAGGCCAUGGCAGAAUCGGAGCGACCUCACUGCGACUGCUGUAGAUGCAUCGGUUGGGUUCAUCAUCCGGUGAACAAGCGACAGUAUCAUUUCAUCGUGCACACUGAUUUCAAGGCACGGAGCAAGCCUGAGCUCGCAGGGAAGCGUAUCUGUCAGCUUUGUUGCUGUGCUGUGAGUGCGUCCGAGCGCAAGUGCUCGGUAUGUGAUGAGGUUGACAAGGAGUGCUCCAUCUUAGAUCACCAAACGCACCUGUUGCACGGCUUGAUACACGCAAACGGCUUUGGUCACUUGAAGCGAGUAAACGGCCGCGAGGCGGGGAGUAUGACCCUCAGUGGAGCGCAAUUGAUGGGUUUGUGGGAGACCAUAUGCUAUCAACUCAGAGCGCGAGAGGUGAGCGUCGAAGAUGUGAGUCAAAAAUACGGAGUGGAGCUUCGACUACUGAAUCCCGUAUCACGCGGAGCGACGUGGUACGGGACAUAUGGCUACAUCUUCGGAAAAGGCAGCUUCGGAAACACGUUGAUGACCCACAAACGUGCGACUGAGCUCUUGCGUAAAUUCCCACUGCGCCAGCUCCGCAACGACUUCGUAAUUGUCAAAGACUUGCUGGAUAAAGAGAAAAAAGAAGGCGAUGUUGAUAUGAUUGAGCUCGUUGACAAAUACAUCACAGUACUCGGUAAAGCCGGUGUCGCGAUCAACACGCUCGGAGAGUUGGUGAAUCAAGUGAUGAAAUUACAAAGAGAUAUACGGCUUGCCGUGAAGAAAGGGCAGCGCGCACCGGAGCGAUUGGCCCUUCACGGUGUCGCCGCUGUUUUGGCUGGAGUGGAAGUCAUCGAGAAGGGUGCUGAAUACAAGCGUAACGUCACCGAUUCCCCCAAGAUGGCGCGACGACCACCACCGAGCGGCGAGCCUUCGGCAAAGAAGAUGAAGACUAACCUCGCGCCCACGCAACCAUCCGCUCCACCACGAACUGAGCGCGCCAGGGCUUUGCGACCUCGUGAAGAGGAAACACCCCCAAACUCUGCUCAGCGACAAUUGAAGAUCAACCUACCGAGCGAGGCGAUGGUUCAGUGGGAUGCACGCGCCAGAGACACUCGUAGCCUACCAGCUUCGGCGUCCAGAUGGAGCGAAGCUCGACUCAACGUCGCCGCAAACGCAUGCGUGCUCGCCCUCAGAGAUGCACAGAAUAAAUGGAUCUCUCGUCAGGAGGUUCGUAGUCGGGCCAGAGAAAAGGGCAUCGGGGAUACGGGAUUGUUAGAUCACAUCUUGAAGACCGUAAACGACGUGAAGGUCAUCCUUCCGAGUGGAGAGCGAGGCAUCGUUCUUCGACGACAGGGCGCGACUCAGAUGGAGUUCACUCUUGAUUUGAGUUCAAAGCAACAAGCAAACGGUGAUGUUAUCAUGACGACUAUCAAGAAAGAUACGAACGUUGAAGUUAGGACCGAAUCGCUUGCACACUGCAGGGCGACCCAUUCUGCUCGUUCAAUCGAUGAACUCACUGCUGCGGAGGUGGAUAGAGAUCUUCUUGCGCUGUAUCAUGAUGUGCUGGAAAAUUACAAACCGGCGAGAGCGCAGCAAAAGGACGGCCAGCGAGUCACGGUGAAAGGUGCUCCUCUGGUUGAUGCCGCUCGCAUACUUCUCGACACGAAACAAUUCGUCAAAAUAUAUACUGCAGUCGACGACUUACUUGACACGACUCCAGCGAGUAAGCUCACUAAACCGGCAGCGAAUGCGCAAAAGGCAAUUCGUAUCAUCGCCACAGCCGUGAUUCAUACUCGCAGUCAGGGACCUGCGCCCAGCGGCUUGGGUCCUAAUGUCGCCAAGUCGCGUCAAAAAAUUGGUACCAUCACUCGACCGCCUCCAGAGUUGGUUUUCCUCCCGAGCGAGCCGACUCUCGGAGACCUGAAGCGUGUCACGUCGAAGGCGUUCAGAGAUCUCUACGUCGUCCUUUCCGAUUUCAAAGUCACAAGAGUCAAAGGCCACGAGGGUCAGAGCGAUAAGACUCGCUUGGGAUGGCGCAAAAUGCACGGCGCUUCAGUUGAAGUUCAAGGCGAUGGCGCAGAUGUGGCGAGUGAGCUCCGAUACCAAGGUGGCUUUGAGCAGUGGACAGUACAGUGCAUGUGCGGCACGGGCGAUGAUGACGGUGAACGUAUGAUUGCAUGCGAUAAAUGUGGAGUCUGGAUGCACACUCGCUGUGUAGGCAUCAAGGAUAAUAAAAACGCACCAUCGCACUGGAUCUGCCCGAACUGUGAACCUCGACAAGAAGAAGAAAAAUUAGGAGCGUCAAAGAAAUCGCGACCUGCUCCUCGGCGCCGAGAGAAAUAA